GGUUGGUGAGGUGCACGGUACCCUGAAGCGACUCUGUCUCAACACGCACACACACACAUCCACAAACACCGUGUCUCAAUGCCUGGAUGCUGAGAGAGAGAGAGGGAGCGAGAGAGAAGCGAAAAGUGAAACACUGAAGAUCAACGAGAGACUGUGCAGAGGACCACAAACGUCUCCUUUCUGCUGCAGACAGUGAAGAAGCCGUGCAGCUUCCCAGCUGAUCCAAAUGCGCUCACCUGACUCGGGGACGGAGACGCAUAAAAACCCUUCCCUGUGGAAUACCCAACCUGCCGGUCAGCGGGAUUAGAGCAUCUGUGGAAUUAGCACUACUGGCGUUUUCUGUGGAUAUUAUGGAACAUCAAAAAGCCUAGUCCAGCUGGCCAGCAAGGUUCCAUUCAAGAUUCUGUCCUGGUGGAUUGUCUGUCGUUUGGGAGGGAUUGGAAACCCGUUUGCAUACUAAUCAGGUUGUGAAGGGGAUAUCCAGGGUGCACAUCCAGAGCAGCGGGGAUCCGAUGAGUGAGUUUUAGAACCCAGCCAUGCCGAUAACAAGUAAAGGGUCAAGAGGGAGGUCUUGGGUCAGUGAACCCUGUGUGCGCUCACAUCUUUGGCAUCAGAAGGUCUAUUUUUAUUUCUGUGUCAUCCUUGUUCUGGUCCAGACAACAACUGUUCUCGGUGCACUAGAACUCCAGCUGGAUGAAGAGCAACCGGCAGGGACCAUUGUUGGGGACAUCAGUGCUGGGUUACCGCCUGGUGAAACUGCAAGUCUUUAUUUCAUCUCGGACCAUGAAGGCACAGGUGUCAGCAAUGACCUCAAUAUUGACGAGACCACAGGCAUCAUUACCACUGCACGCCGUCUGGAUCGUGAACAGAGGGACCACUAUAACUUCAUUGCUGUUACAAUGACCGGGGUCACUAUUGAAGUGUCAAUCACUGUCAACGACAUCAAUGACCACGCACCUGUGUUCCCAAAAAAGAGCGCUGCUCUUAAGAUCCCUGAGCACACAGCUGUGGGCACAAGGUUUUCUCUGGAGCCAGCGACCGAUGCAGACAAGGACCAGCUGACCACCCAAGGCUAUGCUAUUCGAGAGGGCAAUGUAGGCCAGACAUUCAAACUUGAGACGAAGAGAGGUGCUAACAAGGUGCUAUAUCUAGACCUGGUAGUCAAUGGACUGCUUGACAGGGAGAAACGGUCAUCGUACACCCUGGUAAUAGAGGCUUUUGAUGGGGGCUCACCUAGGAAGAUGGGAUCUAUGACCCUGGAGGUGACUGUGACUGACAUAAAUGACCACGCGCCAGUCUUCAAUCAAAGCAGAUACCACUCUAUUAUCUCUGAAAGUCUCCCACAGGGAAGCAGUAUCCUCCAGGUGUUUGCCACAGAUGAGGAUGAAGGUGAUAAUGGGCUGGUGCUUUAUGAAAUCAAUCGACGUCAGAGUGACCCUGAACGCUACUUUGUCAUUGAUGUAAAGUCUGGGGUCAUCACUCUGAAUAAACCCCUGGACUAUGAGCUUAAGAGGGUUCAUGAACUGGUGGUCCAGGCCAGGGAUAAUGCCAGCCACCCUGAGGUGACCAAUGCAUUUGUGACUAUUCAUGUCCGUGACUACAAUGAUAAUCAGCCUACUAUGACCAUCAUCUUCCUCAGUGAGGAUGGUUCUCCAAGAAUCUCAGAAGGAGCCCAGCCCGGCCAAUAUGUAGCUCGGAUAUCUGUCACCGACCCAGACUAUGGAGAGUACGCCAACGUCAAUGUGUCCCUUGAGGGUGGUGAUGGGAAGUUUGCUCUUACAACCAAAGACAGUAUCAUUUACCUUAUAUAUGUUGACCAGGUCUUGGACAGAGAAGAGCGGGAUUCCUAUGACCUGAGGGUGAUGGCCACAGAUUCUGGCACGCCCCCGCUCAGAGCAGAGUCCUCUUUCACCAUCCAGGUGACUGAUGUCAAUGACAACCCCCCUCUGUUUGACCAGCAGGCGUACAGACAAACCAUUCCUGAGGUUGUGUAUCCUGGAUCCUUUGUUCUUCAGGUUACUGCCAGGGACAAGGACCAGGGCCCCAAUGGGGAUGUGCGAUAUAGCCUGCUAAAGGGCAAAAACUCUCACUCUGAUUGGUUUUCGAUCGAUCCAGUUACUGGGAUCAUUACCACGGCAACUGCUCUGGAUUUUGAAUCAGAGCCAGCGCCUAGUGUGACUGUGGUUGCGAUGGAUAGCGGACGCCCGCCGCUGUCAUCGACAGCGAAAGUGGACAUUGUGCUGCAGGAUGUUAAUGACAACACGCCGGUGUUCUCCAGCAACUUCUACAAUGCCUCCAUCAAGGAAAACACCCCAGCGGGGACUUGCUUCUUAGAGGUAUCUGCCACAGAUGAGGACCGUGGUUCUUUUGGUACUAUAAGCUACAACCUGGGUUCAAGCUCUGGAAACACAUUGCCAACCCAGUUUACCAUCAACAAGGAGACUGGCCAACUUUGCACCAGCACAGCUCUGGACCGGGAUGAGGGACAGGACAAGUUUGACCUGACUGUCACAGCAACAGAUGGAGGUGGUCUAAGUUCAGUAGCCCGUGUGAGGGUCACGGUGGUGGACAUCAAUGAUAACAGGCCCAUCUUCUAUCCAGUCCUGUACACAGUCAGUCUCAGUACCCAUAGUGCUCCAGGAACGUCUGUCGUCAAGGUAACAGCCAAUGACCCUGAUGUGGGAGAAAACGGAAGAGUAACAUACCGCACUGUACCUGGAGGAGGAUCUAGUUUCUUUACCCUUAAUAAGGACACAGGUGUGAUCUCUCUCUCCCGCUCACUCCAUGGCAAAGCCAACACAGUAAUCUCCAUGGUCAUAUCGGCUGAGGAUGGGGGCGGUCUUACAGCACCGGUAAAUGCCAGAGUGAACGUGAGCGUGGUGGGGGGCUCAGUGGCGUCUCCGGUGUUUGAACAGGCACAGUACUUCUUUACCGUGUCGGAGGAUGUUCUCAGGGGGACGGCAGUGGGAGUGGUUCGUGCUUCCGCCAAGACAGGUGGCUCUAAGGAUAUUUUCUACUCUAUUUCAUCUGGAGACCCUCAUGGCUACUUUACAGUGGACAGCGCCUCUGGUACCAUUCGCUCAGCCCUUCCUCUGGACCACGAGACCUGCCCCAGUCUUGACCUGGAGAUCCAGGCACGAUCUGGCUCUCCUCCGGCAUAUGGAAUCAGCCGGGUACACAUAACCAUUGCAGACAUCAAUGACAAUGCCCCUACCUUCCUGCCAUCCUCAUCCGAGUCCCUUCUUUUACCUGAGAUCACCAAAAUGGGGACGAUUAUCUACCGUAUUCAGGCCACCGACAAAGACUCCGGCCAUAACGGUCAGCUCAGCUUCGACCUAGUCUCUGCUGGGGCUGCAGGCAGCAGUGGCCAGAGGACAUUUGGCGUUGACAGGGGCAGUGGGGAGGUACGUCUAAUCGGGAGUCUAUCAUAUGAAAGUGUCCCUCGCUAUGACCUUCAGGUGGUUGCCAAGGAUGGUGGAGCACCUCAACUUAGCUCCACCUUCACUCUUGUGGUCCACAUCCAAGCACAAGACGCUCAAGGCCCAAACUUUGAUACCCUCACGUACCGCGUGGAGCUACGUGAAAACACCCCUCUAAACACGCGCUUCCUUCAGGUCCGUGCACUUAACAGAGAGGCUUCUGGAAAUGGUGGAAGCUCCUCCUCCUCCUCAUCUUCCUCCUCUAUUUCCUACCGCCUCAGACCUGAUGGUGAUGCCGCAGGUUUUGGCAUCAUGCCAGAUAGCGGUUGGCUGUUUGUUCGGAGCUCUUUAGACCGAGAAGUCAAAGACAUGUUCCUGUUGACUGUUCUUGCCACCUCGGGCCCAGGUGGUGCAGGAAGAACCGGCAGCGCAACCGUCCGGGUAACAGUGACGGAUGAAAAUGACAACUCCCCUCGACUGAGCCAGGAGAGGGUGUUUCUGGCUGUCAGAGAAAACCUGCACGCAGGAACGGGCUUCGGCAGGUUUUCUGCAACGGACAGAGACGCAGGACUAAAUGCUCGACUCACCUACAGGCUGCUGCACACAGACAGGCAUUUUCAGAUUAACUCGCAAACAGGUGAGAUUAGUACCCGCCUUGCACUGGACAGAGAGCAGCAGUCCAGCUAUCAGGUUAUUGUGGUUGUACAGGACGGGGGUACGCCCCCUCGCAGUGCUACAGGGACUGCUCAUAUCACUGUGCUGGACGAAAAUGACCACGCCCCCAGUUUCAUUCAUGCCAGGCCUGACAGGGAGCUGGUGCUUCAGGUGACUGAGGGGCUUCCAUCAGGAACAGUCAUAGGAACGGUGGCAGCUAAAGACCCAGACGAGGGAGAGAAUGGCACCAUCUAUUACUCAUUAUCAGGCUCCAGAGCAGAGCGUUUCUCCAUCAAUCCAACCACCGGUGAGCUUAGAACCGCUUCCCCUCUGAGAUUGACAGAGCGAGCCGAGUAUGCCUUCACUGUGACUGCUGCUGACCACGGCGCGCCGACCCUCAGCUCCACCUGCCAGCUACGAAUACAAGUUCUCAGCUCUUCCAGGUCCAGCCCCAAGCCCAACGUUCUCUCUAUGACCCUGAACACAGUCGAAGGGGCAGUUCCAGGCUCUGUCAUCGGUUCAGUCCGUCCACCUGAUCAGCAUGAAUCUGCUCUAUUGGAAGGCCAGGUGACCUACCUGGUCGUGGGAGGGACAGAUCGCGAUGGGACCUUUAUGGUGGACCACUUAAAGGGCGAUGUGUACGUGGUCCGGGAGCUGGACUAUGAGAAGGGCUCAAGAUACACCCUGCACAUCGAGGUGUCGGACUUCUCUCAGGCAUUUCCCAGCAGCCACCUGGUGAAACUAGAUAUCAACGUGCAGGACAGCAAUGACCACGCGCCCCAGUUCACUGAAGACCCCGUUACCAUUGUGAUCCACGAGAACAUCGAACCAGGGGCUUCCAUAUACACCUUCCAAGCUGUGGAUCAGGAUGGCAGUGGACCCAACAGUGAGCUGCGCUAUUCCAUCGAGCACUUCUGGCCUCAAACUCCUGACUUCCUCAUCCUCGACCCCUCAAGCGGAGUCCUCACCCUGGGGCAGAAGUUAGACCGUGAGUCCACACCCUCCCUUUACCUCGUGGUGCGAGCCACAGACCAGGCAGUGGAUAUCUCUCAGAGACGCUGGAGUUCAGUCACCGCCCGAGUGUUCGUGACAGACGAAAACGACAACGCGCCGGUCUUCAGCUCUCCGUCUGCGGUCAGCGUCAUGGAGGAUCAGCCUGUAGGGUUUGUGAUUUUGUACGUCAUGGCUCGAGAUUCAGACGAAGGAGAAAAUGGCAGAGUAUCAUACAGAAUUCAGGCAGGCAACAGCGCUGGUCGCUUCAGCCUGAACCCUGACACCGGCUCUCUCUCCAUCCUUAAAUCCCUAGACCGUGAAGAGCAAGAAGUCUUCAAUCUCACUAUUGUAGCAGAAGAUCAUGGAACACCGCAGCUUUCCACCUCUCAGGUGCUGUGCGUGCAGGUGAUUGACGUGAAUGACGAGGCGCCGGUGUUCCUGCGGGCAGAGUUCGAGGCACAGGUGAUGGAAAACCAAGGACCAGGAGCCUCAGUGUUGACAGUAACGGCCACUGACCGGGACCAAGGUUCUAAUGGCCAAAUAACAUAUGGAGGAGUAUCAGAGGAAGGCUUUAUAAUCAACCCUGUGACAGGAACCAUCACCACCACAAAGGAACUGGACACAGAGCUACAGGAUCACUACACUCUUACAGUAUAUGCCAGGGAUGGAGGCCUCCCUCCUAACUUUGCCAAGACUGUAGUCCGAGUGGCGGUGCAGGACGUGAAUGACAACGCUCCAAUCUUUGCAAAGCCGUUUUAUGGACUUGAAGUGCCAGAGAACCAGGCUCCUGUAGAGCUUUGCAUCCUCAAGGCCACAGACCCUGACUCAGGUCCUGGUGGAGAGCUGGAGUACAGAAUUGCUGCCGGGGACCCUGAUGGAGAUUUUCAACUCCACGCCAGCACAGGAGCCUUGUCGACGUCUCGCGGGCUCGACAGGGAGACGCAUGCAAAAUACACUCUGGAGGUGGUGGCCACAGACCGAGGCAGCCCUGCUCUCAGUGCUACUGUCACGGUGGAAGUCAACGUGCUGGACGUCAAUGACAACAACCCCGUCUUCAGCAAAAGUAGCUACUCGGUGGAAAUUUCAGAGGAUGCUACAGAGGGAGCACAGGUUCUUGAGGUUUCAGCCACCGAUGCUGAUGAAGACCUAAAUGGGAAGGUUCUGUAUUUCCUCAGUCGAGAGGCGCAUGGCGCAUUCACUGUAGAUGAGCACAAUGGUCGCAUCACCACAUCAGCCCCUCUGGAUCGCGAAAAACUGGCAUCAUACAGCUUCCAGGUUUUUGCUGUUGACCUUUCACCAGCUGCACCUAGGAACUCGUCUGCUCAGGUGACAGUAACUGUCCUGGAUGUCAACGACAACACCCCCUUCUUCAUCCAAGAUCCACUGGUCAUUGAAGUGUCCAACAGGCGUUCCCAGCGGGUUUUAGCUACGAUGAAGGCAGAGGACAAGGACUUUGGAGCAAAUGGUUCUGUGUUUUACCGUUUCGCCACCCCAGUGAAAGGCUUCAGUAUCAACUCCCUAACUGGGGAGAUACAGGCCACUGAACGACUGGCGGACCUCACCCAAGCACAACGGACCCUGAUAGUGGAGGCCAUGGACCAAGGCAGCCCAGCUCAGUCUACACAGGGUGUUGUGAUCAUUUAUGUGAAGGAGGUGGAAUACAGCGGAAUUCGUUUCUCAAGGAAUGCUAGAGAUGUCAGCAUACAGGAGAACGCAGCAAAAGGUACCACUGUGGCUCAGGCUCAAGCUCAGUACCCAGAUGGUUCUCGUAACGGUAUCAGCUACAGCCUCUUCAGUGGGAACAGAAAGCAGGCCUUCAGUAUCAGCUCUUCGACAGGUGAAAUAAGGGUGCAGACCUCCAAGGAACUAGACUUUGAAGACGCCCCAAGACUCCGUCUUGUUGUGAAGGCUGAAACUGUGUCCUCUACAUCUUACAUGGCUUUUAACUUGAUCCUGCAGGAUGUCAAUGACAACCUUCCUCGUUUCCAGCUGCAGAAUUAUGUGGCCUACAUGAAGGAAGCACAAGGAUAUGAAAUGCCAAUCAUACAGGUUGUUGCUGAGGAUGUGGAUCAGGGCCAAAAUGGUCAGGUGACCUACUCCAUCCAGUCAUCAAGCAUGAGUGGCCUCUUCAAGAUUGACCCUGUGACAGGAAGCAUUACCACAGCAGCCAUCAUGGACCGUGAGAUCUUUACUCAAACCAAGCUGGUAGUUACAGCAACUGACAGAGGAAGUCCACGACUCGCAGGUUCAGCCACACUGACGGUCAUUAUUGUUGACCAGAAUGACAACAGUCCCACUAUUCCCAUGCACCAGGAAAUCCGCAUCCCAGAGAAUACUUUGAUAGGCACUGAAAUCACUCUCGUGACGGGCAACGACGUCGACUCCAGUCCUGCCCUCUCCUACUCUUUACAGCUAGACCCAACAGCACUAGGCAAGUUUGGGAUUCACCGCUAUAGUGGAGGCGUGUCACUCACUGCCCCUCUGGAUUUUGAGGAGAAGACUUGGUACACCCUGACUGUCAGAGCCACUGACAGCCAGCAGCAAACUGAGGCCAACAUUACAAUUUUGGUGGAAGAUAUUAAUGACAAUGCACCAGCAUUUACACAUGAUCUUUAUCAGGUUACUCUUCCUGAGCACACACCACCAGGAAGUGCAGUUAUCACAGUAACAGCGACUGACAGGGACUCCGGCGAGAACGGCAGGAUCACCUAUAAAGUGAUGUCGUCAACCAAGGAGGGUUUCUACAUUGACCCGGGCAAUGGAACUCUGUUCAUCAAUCACAGAGUUGAGUUUGACCCCGAGCGCCCAUCAGUCAGCAUCGUCAUUGAAGCUCGCGACAGAGGCCUGCCCCCGCUCUCCUCUUUUACUACAGUCCAAGUUCAAAUAUCCGACGUCAACGACAAUGCUCCUGUGUUUCACCAGUCGGAGUACAGGGCUACGGUUUCUGAAGACACGAUCCCAGGGUCGACAGUUCUCACUUUUGAAGCGUUCGACAGCGACCUCUCUCGAGAAAACUGCGGCUUCGACUUUGCCAUUGCCAGCGGGAAUGAAGGAAACGCAUUCCAGAUCGAAAGCAGCGUGCGCUUCCUGGAGGGACGGGGCUUUCAGACGGUUGGGACUCUGCUGUUGGCCGAGGGAGUUGACUUUGAAACCAAGUCACUGUACAACCUCACUGUGGUAGUGUCAGACCGCGGCGUGCCGCAGAGGAGCUCUAGUGUUGCUGCGGUGAUAACAAUCGGUGAUGUGAAUGAUAAUCCUCCAGCGUUCACCAGAGCAGAAUACACCGUGUCGCUGAUUGAGGGUGCUACCGCUGGGACUGAGAUCAUACGACUGACUGCUACAGACCCUGACUCAACUCCUAAUGCUGAAGUCCAGUAUUCUAUCAGCUCUGGGAAUGAGGUGAACUUAUUUACUGUGGACCCGUGGAGCGGAGCCUUAAAGCUUCAGCGAGCACUCGAUCGCGAGCACCAGCCCACACAUGUUGUCAUUGUUCAAGCCACAGACGGACAGGGUCACUUCGCCCUAGCUCCAGUCAUUGUUGAGGUCAAAGACGUGAAUGAUAACCAUCCGUUCUUCCCUGUGGAUGUCCUGAUAGCCAGUAUCAGAGAAAACCAGCCAGCCAACUCAGCGGUGACUGUUCUGCACGCGAUAGACCACGACACGGGGGUUUUUGGCCAGCUGAAGUAUUACAUGUUGGAGCGGUCUGGGGCAGGAAAAGAAAGCUUUGCUGUGGACCAGAACUCAGGAGAAAUCAGAAGCAAAAUUCCAUUUGACUUCGAGAAGGUCAACAGCUUCAGUUUUGUCGCAGUGGCAGUGGAUUCAGGCAACCAUUCAGCCACUGUGACUGUACAGGUGUUUGUCACGGGUGAGGAUGAGUAUGACCCACUCUUCACAUCCUCUGAUUUUUCCUUUGAAGUUCCAGAGGGAGCCAAGAAAGGACAAAGCAUUGGCCAGGUCCAGGCAAGUGAUGAGGAUGAAGGGGUGGAUGGUAUUGUUCUUUAUUCUCUUACUGCCAGCUCACCAUAUUUUGAUGUAAACAAAACCACUGGGGUGGUCUUUCUCAAGCUGGACAGCUCAGGCAGCAGUAGCAGCAGUGGGUCGGGUCGGAGUAAACGGGAAACCAGAGUUAUGACUUUAGAUGUGCAAGCUCACAGCCCUCUAGAUACAUCUCGCACUACUACAGCCCAGGUCUCCAUCGAUGUGACAAACACCAACUUUGGCCUGGCCGCUGAUGUCAACAUCCUGGUUAUUAGCAUAGUUGCUGUGUCUCUUGGUUUUAUCAUAUUGCUUGUGGUCAUGGCAGUGGUUGUGUUCCUGGUCAAGUCACGCAGGAGAAAGAAAGACCAGGAGACAGGAAACAGAACUGUUGCCUCGGGAACUGCCUUGCAAAAACUGGAUGAUUGUAGCCCUGGGCCAGGGGGAGAAAGGAUCUACCACCAGGCCUUGCCAGGGUAUGCUGGUGACCAAGGUGGUGCUGGUGGCGGCCCCUACACUAGAGGAGGGUCUUUGGAUCCUUCUCACUCCAGUGGUAGAGGAUCAGCUGAAGCAGCAGAGGAUGAUGAGAUCAGGAUGAUAAAUGAGUAUCCCCGCGUUGCAUCUAUCACCUCAUCAAUGCAGGAGCACAUCUCUGCCAGAGGACCGGACUCUGGAAUCCAGCAGGAUGCUGACCAGCUUUCUGAUAUUUCCUGUGAGCCUGCAGCUUUGGAGGGCAGCACUUGGUUCAAAGGAAAGAAGCUAGGUGGCAGCCUCAGUGGGACCUUACUCUCUGGACAGCUCCCAGUCUACAGGGAUGAGGGAGGUGGUUACCUAGGAGUGGGCCGUGGUCUCAAUAUUUCCCUCCCCAAGGAUUAUGCCUUUCCGGAGGAUGGUAAACCUUCCGUAGAUGGUUCCCUCACAGCUAUUGUUGCCAGUGACGAGGAGCUCCGUGGAAGCUAUAACUGGGAUUAUCUACUCAACUGGUGCCCUCAGUUCCAGCCUCUUGCAAAUGUCUUCACAGAGAUUGCCAGGCUGAAAGAUGAAACUGCUCAGCAAAGUCAGAACCCUCGCCAGCCCUUCCAGCCCAAGCCCAAAAUGGAUCCUAAACCUAGAAUUGACCCUCCACCUCUCAUCACAUCAGUGGCCCACCCAGGAGCCAUGUCAGUUCCUCCCAAAGUCCCUGUAAUUGGGCGGACAUUCCCCCACUUGGCUUCGCUCCGCAGGUCCCCCAUCAGUCACGAGGGAUCUAUUUCAUCAGCAGCAAUGUCACCGAGCUUCUCCCCGUCUCUGUCCCCUCUGGCAGCUCGAUCGCCAGCUGUUUCUCCAUUUGGAGUCAACCAAGGGCCCUCAGCGUCCAUGAUCAGCACCAGGGAGCCCUCACUGGAACAGAGUCCCGAUCAUGAGAUGAGAAUAUAAUUGAAACAUUUGAAACAUGACAUUACUAUUUAAGGAGAAACUCUAAGACGGACAACCUGAACAAAGCAUGAUUGACCAGCCUUUUGGAUGUUCUUUUGCAUGGAUCAAAAGAAAGCAAGCGGUGAUGGUGUCAGUUUUAUUGUCAUUCUCAAAAACAAUUGUCUUAUUCCACAAAAAGAAAUCAAGGUUUCCCAAAUUCCCCGCUAGUGACAUUUGGUGGGCAAUACCCACAAAAAAUACUUAGCGUCUGUCUCCUGGUAGAAUAUUUGUACUGCCAUUGUGUCGGCAGCUUUGCAGGAAUAUGUGUGAUGGGCUCGACUGCAGCAGCCCACCCAUCCACUACAAAGUGACGCAGGUCUCCACGAACUGAUCAGGGUUAAGAGCCAAAUGGAAAAUGUGCACUUACCAUGCCCUGCAGUCAGAGAUCCCUUAGUGUAGAUAGAUAAAUGUGUAGUUUUCAUGUUACCUCGCUGGCUGGCCAGAGAGCUAAGGACCUCGUUCCUCUCUUUGUGUCUGUGGACUUCUGUUUUUUUACCCUCCAGUAUUAAACCCAUCUAGUGGCUACUCUGAGAAUGGUCUCUGGACACACCCGUCAGAUCACAUGGACAGACAAACGGCGUGUGUUCACAGAGACACUGAUUCAUUGAUUUGCCAAUGCAUCGCAUAGUGAAAAAACAAUUGAGAUUAUUAUUUUUCUCACCUUUCGGACAACACUCGUUUGGAUUUAACCUUUAUUUUAUAUUUUUAUAUAAAUUUAUGAUUUCAGAUCCAUUAUUUCACAUGAAGAGGUUAUUGUUUUUGAGUAUUUGAAUAUAUGUGUAUUUGUAUGUAUGUGGGCUACAUUACGUGUACUGUAUGUGUCUCCUAGGUUUAUAGAGACUUGUGAUUGUUCAGAAUUGAGUGAGAGGGAGGCGUUUGUGUUUUUAGCAUUAUUUAUAAGAAAAGAGGACUUUCAACCACAAGCUGACAUUUGGAAACCAUCUGCAGCUCACUUUAUGCUGUGUUGAGAUUUUUUUUUUUUUGUCAAAUUGUUGAUCAUCCUAAAUCAAACACAUAUAAACCAGAUGAAGAAAAAU